AUGGCAUCACAACAGACUUUUGCUCGUGGGGCCCUUGGCGCUAAUUACAACGAGAAUUUGACAUGGAUAGACCACAGAGAACUCAGUCGCGUCGGCGCCCGAUGGAUCCGCGGCUUCAUCGACAUGCAUCAGAUUGACAGCUUACAACCCGAGCAAGACUCGAACAUAAAAGCGCUGUUCCAGGUGAUGGAGGCUGGGUUCAACACCAUUCUCAGCCUUAAGUGGGCCUACGCCGACCGUGACUUCCCAGCCGUGGGUAGUCCAGAGCAUACAGACGAGUUGGAAUGUCUGAAUUGCCUUCUCGAGAUCGUUAUGGGAAAAGUUGACAUCCUGGUUAUUGGCAACGAACCUUUCAUCGAAACCAAGCAGACAGGCGAGCAACUGAACGUAUUCUACGAGACAGUCGCUGAUGCGGUGAUUGAUUUCCGCAAGGCGCACAAUGACCUGCGAACUCCGACACAGCUGUACAUGGGAGCCUUAAACCGACUGGACUUGCCGGCAAAGCGCACACCAGCAAUUGUGCGAAUGCUGGGCUUUAUUGCUUCUAGACCCGAGUUGGAUGGUGUCGAUCUACAUCUGCAUAUGCCCACACUAGCAGGACAUAGAGCCAUGCUAAAUUACGCCUUGUCUCAAAUUCGGCCCGACCAAAGGUUCUUAGCUACUGAGUUCUCAAUGAUAUGGCACUGGAAGAAGCAUAUGAACGAUGCCGCGUCGACCGAUUUCUGUAAACAAUAUGGUUUUCCACCGGGCACAAAGGUGUGCGAGGUGAUCAGUACAACGAUACAGAAACCUGUACCUUAUGCCCAGUGGGAGGAUUUUCUGAAACAUGAGCCUUGGUACUUAGAGUGCAAGUCUUUCAUGGGUGAGACUAUCAGGCUGUACCGGGCAACAGAACGGCUCGAGGUUGCUACGUACUCCUGUUGUCCCAUGCGAAAUAGAAAAGCGCCGAUUUUGGCAUCAGAUACUCCAUGGAUGCUUAACGGCCUGUUUGCACCCUCAACGGUGCAGCUUGAGCAGGAUGGGUCACGGCAUGAGAAUUUUCCUUGGGCUGAAGAAUUCCGCCGAUUGCAACGGAGUGAACAAUAA